AUUACUAUACGUGUAUAUUUUUUUUUACAAAUGUUCUUUUAAUUUUAAAUAGUGUUUUUAUUUAAAGAAUGGCGUAUUUAUUAAUUUUUUUGAUCGGUGCGUUCAUUUCUUCUGUAACUACUGAACCUACAUGUGUUUGGUACGGAAUAUGUGCAGAUCUCUCGUUUGGUCAUCAAUAUUGUCCUUACAACGGACCAGCUAAAUUAAUAAAUGACUCAGCAGCUGAAAAAAUUCUCAAGAAAAGAUGCCCAGAAUUUUUUUCUGACACCGAACAUCCUGAAACUUGCUGUGAUGCAGGCAUAAUUUUUGCAAUAAACGAAAAAUUAACAAUGGCUGAAAUGAUACUUGGUCGCUGUAAAACCUGUUUCAGAAAUUUACUCCAGGCAAUCUGUCAAUUGACUUGUGCUAAAAAUCAAAGUAGUUUUAUGGCCGAGGUAGAGAGUAAAAUUAAUAUCGCUACCGGGAAAAAGUAUAUCGAAGAAGUUAGGGUUUAUAUAUCAGAAGAAUAUGCAAAUGCGACUUAUGAGUCGUGUAGAAGAGUAAUAAACCCACAGACAGGUAAUUUGGUUAUGGACUUAGCGUGCAUCCCGUACGAAGCAAGUCAUUGUUCACCCAAAUUAUGGUUCAGUUCUAUGGGAGACAGAAAUACUCCUAUGGUUCCCUUUCAAAUAACUUAUGUUUAUGAACCGGAUCAAGAAAAAAAUUUAACCGAGCCAUUGAAUCCGCCGACUAAAUUAUGCAGUGAAGCUUACGAAAAUUCGACUGCAUGCGGGUGUGUCGACUGUGUUUGCAAAAAUAUUAUCGAGUGGAAGGAAGAAGACUCGGUUUUUACCAUUCUUGAGCUUAAUGGCUACGGAAUAGUCGUCGGAAUAUUGAUAAUUAUUAUCAGUACAAUCUUCACUUUGAAUCAGAUAUUUUUUAAAAAAUUUUGGGCCAAUAAUUUUAAGAUGAGUGACUGCUAUGACUUUCAAAUAAGUUAUCACAAAAAAUUCGAAUCGUUAUUUACCAAAUGGGGAUACUUUUUUGCAAAAUAUCCUACCGUAUCUUUGUGUCUGAUAUCUUAUGUGCUAGCAGGAUUAAGUUAUGGUUCAAUGUAUCUGCAAAUAACCAUCAAUCCCAUUGAAAUUUGGUCUUCGCCUCAAAGUAGAUCCAGAUCUGAGAGAGAUUAUUUUGACAGUCACUUCACUCCUUUUUAUCGCGCCGAGCAAGUUUUUAUAAAAUCUGUUGGCUUAGAAAAUUUUACAUAUGUACCUUCAAGUAAUGCAACUAUUGAAGUUGGUCCAGUAUUCAGAAAGGAAUUCCUUACUGCCGUUUAUGAUCUUCAACAACAAAUUUUGAGAAUUGGCCAGGAUUCGAAUGAAGGCUUGGACAAAAUUUGCUUUGCUCCAAUUCAAAGUGACUUUGAUGGACCAGUUACUUUAGAAUUGUGUGCGGUACAAAGUGUGUGGGGAUACUUUCAAGAUAAUUUUGAAGAAUUUAAUAAAACUGAAUUUAACGAAAAUCUGGAAAAGUUGCUCAAAUGCAUGCAAAAUCCAUAUAUUCCAACUUGUAGGGCUCCGUACAAAGGACCAAUUAUUCCAGAUGUAUCAUUCGGAGGGUUUCAGCAGGAUAAUAAAUCAAAAUAUGAAAGUACUGACUAUAUGAAGUCUACUGGAUUAGUUCUGACUUUUUUGGUUAAAAAUUCAUUGAACAAAACAGAAUUACAACCAAUGUUAAAGUGGGAACAAAAGUAUCUGGAUUUCAUGAAAAAUUGGACCAGUACCGCGUGUCCAGAGUUUAUGGAAGUCGCUUACAGCGCAGAGAGAUCAAUUGAAGAUGAAUUGCAAAGAACUUCUGUGACUGAAAUACAAACAGUGGUCAUAAGUUAUGCCUUCAUGUUCCUCUACAUAGUUUUGACUCUAGGACAAUUUAAACUAUCUCCACAGUGCUUCGUUACCAGCAAAAUAUUGAUCAGUCUCGGUGGAAUUGUUAUUGUUUUAGCCUCUGUGGCCAGCACCUUUGGAAUUUUCGGCUACAUUGGAGUCCCAACGACGAUUUUAACACUCGAGGUGAUUCCAUUCCUGGUAUUGGCAGUAGGAGUCGACAAUAUUUUCAUCCUCGUUCAAACUCACCAAAAAAAUCCCCUGCGCGCUGGAGAAAGCAUACCAGAUUACAUCGGAAGAAUUUUAUCGUCAGUAGGGCCCAGCAUAUUACUGACAAGUAUUUCCGAGUGUCUGUGUUUCUUGAUUGGAACCCUCUCGUCCAUGCCAGCUGUCAAUACGUUUGCUCUGUACGCAUCAGUGGCGAUAAUCAUAAACUUUCUGCUGCAAAUCACAGCGUUUAUAAGUUUGCUCGCAUUAGAUGUGAGGCGAUCUGAGAAUCAUCGCGCUGAGAUUUUGUGUUGUAUUCAAGUGAAGAAAUCAGUAUAUGAUGAUGGAGACUAUAGAAUUAUUCAUAGCAUAUUUUCGUACUUUUACACGCCUUUUUUGAUGAAGAAAGCUGUCGGAAUUGGAGUCAUAGUAUUUUUUAUAGGCGCGUUAGUGCUUCAUUCUAUAGUUGGGCCCAAUGUCGAACUUGGUAUAGAUCAAAAGCUCUCGAUGGUCAAAGAUUCAUACGUUUUCAAGUAUUUUCAGUUCAUGGAAGAUCUUUUAUCGAUGGGACCACCGGUAUAUUUUGUAGUGAAGAGUGGGCUAAAUUACACGAAUACAAAUGUUCAAAAUGCAAUUUGUGGCGGUCAAAAGUGCAAUUCGGACUCUCUCUAUACUCAAAUUUUUACUGCUUCUGAACAAUCUGCGAUAUCAUAUAUUGCAAAACCAGCUUCUUCAUGGAUGGAUGAUUACUUUGAUUGGAGCACAAUUUCCGACUGCUGUCAAUAUUUUCCAAGCAAUGGAUCGUUUUGUCCUCAUACUAGAUACGAUUGCAAAAGCUGUAAAAUACCAACUGAUGAAUUAGGAUUAAGACCAGAUGCGCGAAGUUUUCGUAAAUAUAUCAGCUACUUUGUAUCUGAUAUACCAGAUGAAGAUUGUGCGAAAGGUGGUCGCGCUGCAUAUCUUGAUGCAUUGAAGUAUUCGACUGACGAAUAUGGGAUGAUUGAUGUUGGAGACACGUACUUCAUGAGUUACCAUACGCCUUUGAAGAAGCAGUCAGACUGGUACAACGCUCUCUCGUACGCUCGGAUCAUCGCUAAAAAUAUAACGAGUAUGAUCAACAGCGCCUCGCUGACUAAUCAAACAAUCGAGGUCUUUCCCUACAGUAUUUUUUACGUAUUUUUCGAGCAGUAUCUGACGAUUUGGCAAGAACUGCUCGAGUCGAUUGGACUGUCGCUUCUCGUCGUUUUCGUGGUGACGUACUUACUCACCGGACUAUCAUUAUUCUCGGCGGUGGUUGUACUGUUGACCGUAGCGAUGAUCAUCGUAAACAUGCUCGGAUACAUGUACUGGUGGAACAUAACUCUCAAUGCAAUCUCGCUCGUCAAUUUAGUGAUGACUGUUGGAAUCUCUGUUGAAUUUUGCAGUCACCUGGUUCACUCGUACCUUACUUCUACUCAAAAAACAAGAGUCGCCAAAACCUCGGAAGCUCUGACUGACAUGGGCAGUUCUGUCUUCUCAGGCAUAACAAUGACGAAAUUAAUUGGAAUUAUUGUUCUUGCAUUCGCCCAGACUCAAAUAUUCCAAGUGUUUUACUUCAGAAUGUACUUGGGAAUAUUAAUAAUCGGCGCUUCUCACGGAUUGAUAUUUUUACCUGUACUCCUACGAUUUAUUGGCCCAGUGAGGACAGAUUCUGAAAUUAUUUAAAAAAAAUAACUCAUAAUAAAAAUAAAAAUAGAAUGUAUCUAAGUAUAAUGUAAAUAAAUAAUUUAAAAUCACCAAAUAUUAUUAUUUUUUUUAUUUAUUAAAAGCCAAAAUAAAUUCCAGAAUUAUAACGCCGAGAUUAUUUACUAAUUGUACCAGUAGGUUACAAUAAAUCUACCCACGAGACUGCAGUAAAAAAAAGUUCAAUUAAAUCAAACUUGGAAUGAAUAAUAAAUU